AUGAAUUUAUUAAAAUGUUCCGUCGAUUGUCAAUCACUAGUGCGUUCAGUGCAGGAAAACUGUAAUCCUAAAUAUCCCCAGUAUAGAAACUUUUUAUCGAGACUGAAAACAUUCGAUUCACACCCAUCACGACCGUGCCAAGAUAAAUAUUCACUGGCUGAAUGCGGUUUCACUUAUACUGGGUCAGAUGACUUGGUUCAAUGUUUCUACUGCGGCUUAUUAUUGGGAAAAUGGGAGGAAAAUGACGAAGUGUGGAAGCAACACGCCUUGCACAACCCUAAAUGCGUAUUCGUAGUAUUAUAUAAAGGCAUGCAAUUUAUGUCGGCAUACCGUCGGUUCACUGUUAUAGUAACAAACAGUUGGGCGUACUAA